AUGCCCAUCGCCUCUCUCAUCAAGGGUGGAGAUGCUUCAGUGUUAGAAGUCUGUGCCUGCUGUAAGAGUCACUUCACAUACCAGAUCCGAAAGGCACAGGAGCAACAAGGAAUUAGACAUGGGGGCUCAGCCGGUGUUAAAGAAAAAGAAAAAAAGAUCAGAGACGUAUAUACAAGCAGGAGACCUCCUGUUCACUCUGGCAAGCACUCUCAGAAGCAAUGUCUGCGGUCUCAGACUGGCAUGACGCCACCACACAUGAAGCAAUUCCAGUUGCCUGUGGAUGAGAAGAGUUGCUCAGAGGAAGAUGUGGGACCAAAUGAGCUCAUUUGUUUUCCCUGUGCCUCUGAUAACUGUCUUCAAGGCCAGACAGACGUAAGCUGUUGCCUGUGCCCUAACCAGAGGAUUAAAGCAGAACAGGUGAAGGGGGAAACCAGUCUCCUACAGCAGCCAAUACACCACUCGAAGGCGGAAGCUCUGAAAUUUCCCUACCAGCCGCCUCCAGAUGAAGAUGCACAGGCUAUGCAGAGUCUGGAACUAACUGAGCUGGAACAGGAGAAAAAUAAAGAGGAUCUGAAAAUAAUAGAAGAAAAGCGAAAGGAGCACCAAGAAGCACAUCAGAAAGCCCGUGAGAAGUAUGGCAAUGUACACUGGAAGGAGAGAUCCUUUCUAAAGUACCAAGAAAGAAAAGAACAAAAACCCUUGAAGGCAAAAGAGAAAGAAGAAAGGGAUUCACACGUUCUUCCUAUAAUUAUUAAAGGUGAUGUUGAUGGUUCCGUUGAGGCCAUUGUGAACAUCAUGGAUACCUAUGAUGCUUCACAUGAGUGUGAACUUGAAUUAGUACAUUUUGGUGUGGGUGAUGUCAGUGAAAAUGAUGUUAACCUUGCUGAAACAUUUCGUGGUGUUAUAUAUGGCUUCAAUGUGAAUGUAGGCAAUGUUAUCCAAAAGUCUGCUGCAAAAAAAGGAGUAAAAAUUAAACUUCACAAAAUCAUUUACCACCUGAUUGAAGAUUUGCAGGAGGAAUUGAGCAGCAGAUUGCCGUGCACUGUGGAAGAGCAUCCAAUAGGUGAAGCUUCUAUAUUAGCUACCUUUUCUGUAACAGAAGGGAAGAAAAAAGUUCCUGUGGCUGGCUGCAGAGUCCAAAAGGGACAGUUAGAAAAACAAAAAAAAUUUAAAUUAAUCCGUAAUGGAGAUGUUAUUUGGAAGGGUUCAUUAAGCUCACUGAAACACCAUAAAGAUGACGUUUCAGUCAUCAAAACUGGAAUGGAUUGUGGUCUCAGUUUGAGUGAAGAAAAGAUAGAAUUUAAAGUGGGAGAUGAAAUUAUUUGUUAUGAAGAAAAACAAGUUCCAGCCAAGACUUCCUGGGAUCCAGGAUUUUAAAACUUUAUUAAAAGUGUAAACAAUGGGGUGCCUGGUAGAGCAUGUAACUCUUAAUCCCAGGGUUCAAACCGUAUGCUGGGCGAUUAUUACUUAAAAAAAUAAAUUAAAAACUAUAAA